UGCCGCCAGUAACACAUGGGUUUUCGAGGUGCCUUGGGCUGCUCGCAGCAUCACAUAUACUCACUGAUUUUAUACCGCGGCGGAACUGGCUCGCUUUGCUGACGGCUGUCACCUCGCAGACUUGACGCGAACGAGAGAAUGAUCCACUACAUCUUUCCUGACCUGCCUGUUAGAUAUUAAUUACAGGAUCAUCCAAGGGGAGACCGCGGUUAAUCAGACAAGGACAUAUGGCUGACAUCCAGGACAAGACCGUCGGCUUCUCAAACAAAAACACUCUCUGCUUCGAUUCUCUGUGAUCUGUGUCGGACAGUCGGGACUAGCGAUUCGCCCCCGAAAGUCAGGAUUCUGCACAUCUUCUCCUCCGAGUCCCUGCCCGCUUAGCUUUCCUCGGAGCAGAUCAAGUACUGCCUCAAUUCAGACUGAUCAGCACCCGCUGCUUUGCCUGCUGACGGCCUCAGGACCGUCUCGACAUGCGGGUUCAUUAAACAGUCAAACCGUGAGGUUUGGUCUGUAGCCGCACGGCUCUGCUGCGUUCGGGAUGCUCAAAUCGUGGCAACGGAAGAUCCCCUGGAGCAUGGAGGUCAAACUCUUUGUCAAGCAACAUGUCAUGCACUGCCCAUCACAGACUAAAUCGCCCUAUGCUAUGUCUUCUGCUGCAUGGCCAGAGAACGUCGCUAUUAAAAUAGAUGGUUUCCUCCAGGCCUAAUCCAAACUCCGACCACACGACCCGUUGCCGGGUUGCUUCGAAUCUUGAACCAUGAGCGCAUGCAUCCCUGGAGAUAUCGAGUCGGGAUGAAAAACAGACACAUGGAAGCAACGGAUGUUGCCAUCGGGUUAUGGCGCUGUCCCCUUCCUGCUGGGUGUCCGACCUUUAGUUGUCUUGAUCUUCUGUGCCUCGCCGACCAGCUCAGCAAUGAGCCCGUUGUACGUCUCCGAAUCCUGCUGCAGCGCUUCCCGAGUUUGCAGCAAAUGGGAGAGCAGCGCGGACGUGUUUGCAGUUUGGGCCCGAAGCGCUGCCAAGUAGCCUUCAAGCGUCGACAGAGGCUGAAUCGCGAGCGUACCUGCAUCGAGCGACAGCAACUGGGCGAUUUUCGCGUUAUCGAUGUCUGGCCUGGGCCCGAACUGUUCCGUGCGCCCACCCGGCUGUGGAGUGCCCGAUCGAGGCACCGGGGUGCCUGCAACCGACCCGUUACGAGGACCCGGGGGCGCCGACAUCGGCCGCGUAGUCACCUGCAGCAGGGGCAUAGUGUGUCCAUUGGCUUGUGGCGGUAGGACCUCGUCCAGAUUAACGGGGAUGCCCAGUGCGAUCAAGUGCUGUCGGCGAAUCCGAGAACGCGUCCAGUUCGGGGGCUUGGUCGGAGGUGGUGACUUGAGUAGUAUGUUAUACAAGUCUCGACU